CAUACACAAAGAGAAAGUGUCUUUAUCUAUCCCACUCUCACUUACCAAUCCAUCCAACAAGCUCAUAAUUGGUUAGUAGCUCAAUAAAUAAAUAAUCAAUCAAUCCAGUACUACUCAUUAUUAUCAACAAACAAACAAACACAAUGGAAGCUCCUCUCAUCAACGAUUCCACUUUCUCUUCAACCAACCCUUCUUUGUCAGAAAUUUGGCCUCAUUUCCCUCCACAAAACAACAACAACAACAAGAAAAGAAAACUAGGACUCAUAGCAGGUUCCUCUCAAGAAAACAACCAACCCGAACCAGACACAACUUCAGCAGUAGUAGAACCUGGUAAUGGUGGUAGCAGUAACAACAAUUCAGCAGAGGAACCUUCUUCUGAGCCACAUCCUAAGCAAGACUAUAUUCAUGUCAGAGCCAGAAGAGGCCAAGCCACUGAUAGCCACAGUCUUGCUGAAAGAGCAAGAAGAGAAAAGAUUAGUGAGAGGAUGAAAAUUCUACAAGAUUUAGUUCCAGGAUGUAACAAGGUAAUUGGUAAAGCACUUGUGUUGGAUGAGAUAAUCAAUUAUAUUCAAUCACUGCAAAGCCAAGUUGAGUUCCUUUCAAUGAGGCUUGAAUCAGUUAAUUCGAGAUUGAAUAUGAACCCCUAUAUUGAGUGUUUCCCUUCAAAAGAUGUUGGUGCUCAACCAUUUGACCUUUCUGGCAUAAUAUUCGGACCACAAGCAAACCGGGGAUAUUCUCAGGGAUCACAACCAGGGUGGCUACAUAUGCAGAUAACUGGUGGUUUCAAUAAAGCAUUGUAACAAAAGGAAGAUUCAUCGGAAAUGACAAAUCAAUCGGUGUGGUUGGUUGGUCACCAUGCUCUAUUGACAAUCUGGUCAUCGUGCAGAAUGUUUUAGGUCUGUAUAUCCAUUGUCAUAGUAUGACAUUAUUUGUAAGAAAUACAUAUAAUUUUCAUGUGCAUUUGGGUAUACUAUGUUGUGCUUCACCAUGGUACAACUGAAAUAAUCUUAUUGUGAUUUUGAUUUUAAAACUAUAGUAGUCUUCUGCGAUAGGAUUCUUCUAGCCUGAUAUGUAUUCAUAUGUAACAUUCAAUAUAUGUAUUUGCGUAUGAAAAUUACGCCUUGUUAAUAACAUUGAGUACUCAUAGUCAUUGUAACUUUGUAAGAAUCAGAUUGAAUAAAGAUAAAUAUGUCUCA